CCUCGAUCAAUCACUCAUCCAGACUGUUGGCGCCCAGCAUGAACGCUGCGAUGCACGCGGGCCCAGUAUCUGGAUACUCUUACGCUUUCUACGUUGACUCCUAACUGUCUAACCUUUACCCACAGGAUAAGAUAGCACGAAGUUCCAUAAGCGCAUUCGCAACAUCCAGUGCCCCCGCUGCGCAUUUACCUUUUGAUCGGAAUGGCCUCAACUGGUUUUCAGGCCGCGCCCGGAUGGAGAUGGCCAGACGAAGCUGCACAGCCUACCGAUGAGUCAAGCGCUUCCGCAUCUGCCGCGACGGAAGAAACCCCGCACCGCAACUCGAGUAUGCCAGGUUGGUAUGAUCCUGCAGACGAACAUCCACCUGUCGCCGACCCUCCGUCCGCAGAGGACGAAGCGGGUAGCAGAUCUGAAGAGCCUGGUCAUCAAAAGCAUUAUCGACCUCGCCAGUGUCGCAUUUGCCUCGAUACGGUGUUACCUACCUUUCAUCCACCUACGGAGCAUCUACCACGCAUGUUUCGGUCUGCUCCACAUGUAACUUACGAGUCUGAAGAAGGUCCUUUGAUCAGACCGUGCAAAUGCAGGGGAUCUGCCCGCUAUGUUCACGAGGGCUGCCUUGAAGCAUGGCGCCACGCUGACCCUUCUUAUGGAAGACGGAACUUUUGGCAGUGUCCCACUUGCGGUUUUCGAUAUCGCUUGGAACGCAUGACGUGGGGACGCCUCAUCAGCGGUACUGCGGCUCAGGUCGGCCUGACACUUGCCGUCUUCCUCUUGGCGACGUUCGUCUUGGGUUUCAUCGCUGACCCCAUCAUCAAUUUUUACUUGAAUCCAUACGGGUCGUUUUUGCCUCUUGACGAUGCGGAUGAUUAUGUCGCUCCUGUCGAGGGGUUGCCUGAGGGAUGGUCCUUCCAUUUUGUCAAAGGUUUUGCUACUCUUGGCCUUAUGAGCUUCCUAAGACUCUUUCCAACGAAUCCGCUGCGGUUUUUUGCGCUCAGGAGUCGCGGUGGUGCUACUGUCCGUGUUGGCAAUACCGGACGUGACAGGUUGGGCAACGUCACUUGGCUCGUCAUUUUGAUUGGUAUUGCUACAUUCCUUUACGGUGUUUGGAAAACUGUUCGUGCAUGGUCACGCCGCCUGCUAAAGAAAGCAGGUCAGCGGGUCAUGGACGUGCAGGGCCAUGACAGCGAUGAUGAAGAUGACGACGAACCACUGCCUGCAAACAAUCAGUAAGGUUAUAUGGUAGAUGACCCAAUGACCGUUCAGGUGCCCAUCUGCAAGUAGAUCCUGACCUGGAGCAAACAAAGUGCUAUAGUAUAUAAAUUAGCCCCCCUCACCCUGAACCCGCCCACCUUUGAGUCUGCGCGCCUUCUCAAUGGCGCGCCGAACGAGUCUGUGGGCGGAGAUCGAACCACCCGCUGGGUUUUUCAACUAGGGCAUGGGACGUCUUGUUCCUGUCCUGGCCCCGGCGGGCAUCGCCACUCCUCCGCUUCCAAUCCCUUCCCCCCUCGGGGGUCCCUCGUGAAAGGAUUGUUUGAGGUUAAGCUGGCAAAUUACAUUAGUCAAUAC